UCAGUCGGUGCGAAUUCAAAAGCAAAGAAAUCAAAACAAAAAUGGCGUACGACGGUGCAGAUUCCACCUCAACUCCGUUGUCUUUUAGGCGCCAAUGGGACGUCUUCCUCAGCUUCAGAGGCGAAGACACGCGUGACGGCAUCACGACCAGCCUGUAUCGCUCGCUUGACGGACAAGGCGUGCGCGUCUUUCUAGAUGACGUCGGCUUGAACCGUGGAGACGAGAUCGCACCGGGCUUGCUCGAAGCCAUCGAAGAUUCGGCUGCUUUCAUCGUCAUUUUGUCCAAAGAUUACGCUUCCUCCCAUUGGUGCCUGGAAGAAUUGGCCCGGAUCUGCGAGUUGCGGCGCCGGAGCCUGAUCCGUAGACUGGUUCUUCCGGUAUUCUACGAAGUUGAUCCUUCGCAUGUACGGAAACAGAUAGGGCCUUUUGAGGAGGCGUUUUUUAGCCACGAGAAGAGAUUUGGAAAAGACAAGGCGAAAGAGUGGAGGGAAGCCAUGGCCAAAGUUGGCUCCCUUGCUGGUUUCGUUGUCAAAAACAAAAGUGAAGGAGGGGAAGUGAUUCGGGUUCUGCUGAGAGAAGUUCUGAAACAUGUGAACAAUACACCGGUGGAAGUAGCCUCUUACCCGGUCGGACUGGAUGCGCGUGUAACGGAGCUAAUAAAUCUCUUAGAUGUAAAGUCCCAUGGCAUUAAAGUUGUAGGCCUUCAUGGGAUGGGGGGCAUCGGCAAGACGACCCUUGCCAAGGCCGUCUUUAACAAAGUACUCGGGCUCGAACAGUUCGAGCACCGCAGUUUUAUCUCGAAUGUUAGAGAACUUUCGAAACAAGAAGAUGGUUUAGUGUCCCUCCAAAACAAACUCGUUGGUGAUCUCUUCGGUUCCACUGCGGAUAUUGAUCUUUCUGCGAACGAAGUCGAUGUUAAUGCCUCGAAAAUCCGAAAGAAUAUUCAUGGAAAAAGAAUUCUAAUUGUCCUGGACGAUGUCGAUGAUGAAAACCAACUGAAUGCAGUAGGUGCAGGAGUCAAAUGGAGAAACGAAGGAAAUAUUCGAGUCAUUGUUACAACAAGAAACAAAGGAGUUUUAAAUGAACGUUACGUGAACGGUAUUUACGAGGUCAGGGAGCUUCAUUUUGAUCAGGCACUACAACUUUUCAGCUAUCAUGCGCUCAGAAAAGACCAACCAACAAAAGAGUUUCUGAAAUUGUCCAAGGAAAUCGUAUCCCUUACAGGGAACUUACCUUUGGCAUUGGAAGUAUUCGGUUCGUUUUUGUUCGGCAAGAGGAAGGUAACCGAAUGGGAAGAUGCUUUGAGCAAGCUGAGAGAUAUUCGUCCGCACAAGGUUCAAGAUGUGCUGAAGAUAAGCUUCGAUGCGCUAGAUGCGGAAAAUCAAUGCAUAUUCCUAGAUGUAGCCUGCUUGUUUACCAGUUUGGAAACCAAGAGAGAUGACAUAGUUGACGUAUUGAAAGGAUGUGAUUUCAAAGCUGAAAUAGGCUUAAAAGAUCUUGAAGAAAAAUCUCUGAUUAAGUUCCACGAGGACGAUACUAUUUGGAUGCACGAUCAGCUUAGGGAUAUGGGACGACAAAUCGUGCAAAACGAGAGCUUCUUAGAUCCUGGAAUGCGUAGCAGACUGUGGGAUCGUGACGAAAUCAUCACGGUCUUGAAAAAUUACAAGGGAACAAGAAGAAUUCAGGGUAUUGUGAUGAACAUGAAGAAAGCUGAUAACGGCCGGAAACAGGUGACUGUUGGUACGGAGCCUUUCGAAUCCAUGGUUAGUCUGAGACUGCUUCAAGUCAAUAAUGUGAACUUGGAAGGGAAGUUUAAAUUCCUUCCUCGUGAACUCAAGUGGCUUCAAUGGCAAGGAUGUGCAUUGGACACUCUUCCUUCUGAUUUUUGUCCCCAAAAGCUAGCUGUCAUUGAUCUAUCGGGUAGCAAAAUCAAACAGCUGUGGAGCUCGAGUGUUAACGAGGUUGCUGAAAACUUGAAGAUCCUGAAUCUACGUGAUUGCGCACAUUUGGCAUCUCUUCCCGAUUUAUCGGGACAUAGAAAGCUGGAAAAGAUUGUCCUCAAGAAUUGUGUGGCACUGGUAAACAUCCACAAAUCAGUUGGUAGUUUGAAAUCAUUACAUCACUUGGAUAUGACACGCUGUUUAAAACUUGUUGAAUUUCCAAGUGAUGUAUCGGGGAUGAAAAAUCUUCAAACCCUUGUCCUCAGCUAUUGCUCCGGAUUGGAGGAGUUACCAGAGGGCAUUGGCAGCAUGAAAGCACUCAAAGAACUUUAUGUCGAUCACACCGGCAUAGACAAGCUGCCUGAAUCUAUUUACCGCCUCGAAAAGCUCGAAAAACUGAUCCUAGACGGUUGCAUUCGUAUCAAACGGUUGCCAACAUGCCUAGGAAUGCUCGUUUCUCUCAAGGAACUUCGUCUUAAUCACUCUGCAAUAGAGAGGUUGCCCGACUCUGUUGGAUCUUUGGAGAACUUGGAACAACUGAGUUUAAUAUCUUGUGAAUCUCUCAACGCGAUUCCCGAUACCGUCGGCAAUCUCAAAUUAUUGAAAGAGUUGUUCAUAAAGGGCAGUGCAAUUACUGAGUUACCGAAUUCUAUAGGUACUUUAUCAUAUCUGAAAAGCUUAUUUGUAGAGGGCAAGGAGAUUAGCAAGUUGCCAGAUUCAUUUCGAGGGCUGUCAUCUGCUGUGGAACUUGAUAUCGAAGGCACAUCAAUUACGUGUCUCCCAAGUCAUAUCGGCGAUUUGACAUUACUUGAGAAGAUUGGGAUAAGGAGUUGCAUUUCACUUGAAUCUCUGCCAGAGUCAACCGGGAGCUUGUUUGCUCUUACUUAUAUGAACAUAUACAACACCGGUAUUACCGAGUUGCCGGAGUCUUUUGGGAUGUUGGAAAAUCUUAUUACGUUAAGGUUGAACAAAUGUAGAAAGCUUCAUAAACUUCCAUCCUCAAUGGGAAAUUUGAAGUCCUUGCAUCAUUUAUACAUGAAAGAAACCGAUGUGAAGGAAUUACCGGAAAGCUUUGGCAUGCUCACAAGCUUGCAGGUUCUGAAAAUAGGAGAGAAACGCAGUAUGCAAGUGCAACCAAAUUCGCCAUCAGUAGUGUUGCCGUCAUCUUUCACGAAUCUUUCAUCGCUACAAGAACUCGAUGCUUGGGCCUGGAGAAUAUGCGGUGAAAUCCCAGAUGAUUUCGAGAAGUUGUCGAAUUUAGAGGUUCUGUUUCUAGGAAACAACGAUUUUCAUAAGCUUCCAUCGAGCCUAAGCGGACUCUCGCUUCUCAAAGAUCUCCAGCUGCCCAACUGCGAAAAGCUCGAGUCCCUCCCUCCACUUCCUUCAAGUUUAGAGAGUCUGAAUCUUGCAAACUGUAUUUCAUUGGAGCGUUUUUCUGAUCUCUCCAAUUUAGAGUGCUUAAAAGAUUUAAACCUCACAAACUGUGAGAAGUUGGUUGAUAUUCCAGGCCUCGAGUCCUUGAAGUCCUUGACGACAUUGUACAUGAGUAAUUGCAGCACAUGUGCUUCAGCAACAAAGGAAAGACUCUCCAAGGUAUAUCUCAAGAAUCUGAAAAAUCUAAGCAUGCCCGGAAGUAGAAUUCCUGAUUGGUUUUCACAAGAUACGGUUACUUUUUCGAGCCACAAAAGCCUUGAUCUUACCGGGGUGAUACUAAUGGUAGUUGUUUCCGUUAACCAUCAUGUACCAGAUGAACUGAGAUAUCAAAUACCUGCGGUGGUGGACGUUCAAGCACAGAUCUUUGAUGGUGACAGGAAAAUAUUCACCACUACCUUGGACUUGAUUGGGGUACCGAAAACAAACCAAGAUCAUGUUCACUUGUGUCGAUAUCAGGCUCAUCGGCCCUUGGUUUCAUUCUUGAAGGAUGGCUUUAAGAUUAAAGUGACGACACAAAACCCGCCCUUUGUAAAGGGCAUAGAGCUGAAGAAGGCUGGGAUUUAUUUAGUUUAUGAGAACGACGAUGAUUACGAUGGCAAUGAAGAAUCAUUGGAUGAGAGCCUGCAGACUGUGUCUGAGAGAUUAGCCAAGUUUUUCAGCUCUCUUGAAGAAAAUGGAGUUGUUCGCCAAAACGACUGCAGCAUGUACUAAAAGAAGAGCUUCAAGUUCAAAUCAAGGAAAAAAAACACCUGCCGAGCAGGUGAAAUAGGCGCUGUAAUCAGAUAUGCAGAUGCAUUUAAUCUUGGACCAUGGUGCACCAUAGGCAAAAAUCGGCUCCGAAGCCAGAAAAUUUUCUUGGGAAAAAUAGAUCAUAUAGCAGUAAACUGGCUUUACUUAUUUGUUACAAUUUUAUUUGUUAACAAACACAAAGUUGACUCGAUAUGUAAGCAUCAAUAAUUCUGAACAAGCAACUUUCUUGUAC